AUGGGAGCCUUGGCACGCGCCAGCAGCCGAGACGCGCCGCGAGCAGCGCUGGCGCAGGCGGUGACGCAGGCCCGGGGAGGGCUCGGCCGCCAACUCCUUCACCGCAACCGGGCCUCCCUGAAGUCACAGUUCGUGCAGUUCGCCGAGGUCUUUCCCCUGAAGGAGUUCGGGUUCACGCCGGAGCCGGGCCGGUACCUGGAGGUGGUGGGCUGGGUGGAGGUGGUGGCCGGGCUGCUGCUGGCGUUCGGGCCCCAGCUCCUGCAGGAGAUCAGCAACUUCAUCCUCAGCGUCAUCAUGAUCGGUGCCAUCUACACGCUGCUGGCGCUGCGGGAGCCCCUGGCCAUGUGCGCCCCUGCCACCCUCUGCCUCGGCCUCCUCCUGCUGCUCAACAUCCGCGGGCACGUGGCUCCCACCAAGCCCAAGUUCGAGUGA